AUGGGUAUUCCCGGCAUGUACAAAGAAAUCGGGCCUGGGGACAGUAUCUCUUUAUCUAAACUCGCUGUCGAGACAUUUGAACGAACAGGCCGCCCGCUGCGAUUAGCUACCGACAUAUCAAUAUGGCAGUUCCAGGCGCAGGCGGCUAAGGGUGGCUCCAACCCGGCUACCCGAACGCUCUUCUACCGCCUCGUCCGCCUGCAAAGCCAUUCCAUCCAGCCUAUCUUUGUAUUUGACGGCCCCAACAAGCCCACCAUAAAGCGCGGCCGCCGCACAGGUGGUAGCCGGGGUGGUGCUGUGUCCACAGCUAUAGCCAAGCGCCUCAUUCAUUUAUUCGGGUUCUACACCCAUGAUGCGCCAGCCGAGGCCGAGGCCGAGUGCGCCCUGCUGCAGCGAUGCGGCAUCGUUGACGCCGUGCUUAGCGAGGACGUCGAUACAAUUAUGUUUGGCUGCACGUGCACCUUGCGAAAUUGGUCUGCCGAGAAGGAGAAGGGGAGCAGCAGUGGCCCACCCACGCACGUUACCGUUUAUGAUUCGGCCGCUAGCACGUCUGAUGCCCCUAGGGAGGCUAGAGUGAGGCAGCACUCGCUACAAACGUUAAAUAUACCUAACCUAACCUAA